UCCAAAAACAAAGACUGAAAAUACCAAUUUUAGCAUCAUCUACACUUUCAAAGCUUCGGGGUUUUGACCAACACACUCCUUGACAGUCUAACCAAACAGCGAUUCAUCAGUCUCUCUAAAAGAUCCCAAAAGAGUGAAAAAAGAAAAGAGAAGGAAGAACAAUGCCUGUAUCGACCCGAUCGAAGGCGAUGACGAGUCACGAGCAAAGCAGGAGGCAAGAAUACACGAAUCCACAUCAAGGGCUCAAGGAAAAGAUGAGAGCUUUGACUCUCUUGUACGAGCAGCAAAAGCGAGCCUCUUUCUCUCUCAGAAACAACCCUAACCAUCUAGCCCAAGAUCUGAGGUUUAAGCCUCACGACGUGCUCGAUUCUUGCAAGAAAGGAGAUAAAGAUCCAAACUUUGCCGACGAUGAGACCAAAGAGAACAACAAUGUAGCCGACGCAGAUCGGGUUUUUGGUACCAACACGGCCCCGGUUAAGUCUUCUACUGUGAUAAGAAAGCUCUCGAUGGGUAACGGAGCUGAGAAAGGUGAAAACUUUGAGGCUUGUGGUGGGAGUAGGAUCAUGGUGUUUGUAAGGCUUAGACCUAUGGGGAAGAAGGAAAGAGAGAACGGGUCAAGAUGCUGCGUCAAGGUUUUGAACAAAAGAGAUGUUUAUCUAACGGAGUUUACUAACGAUAACGAUUACUUAAGGCUUAAACGGCUCCGUGUUCGUCAUUUCACUUUUGAUUCUUCUUUUCCUGAGACCACAACACAACGAGAAGUCUACUCCACCACAACAGGAGAUCUGUUGGAAGCAGUGCUUGAAGGAAGGAACGGUUCUGUGUUCUGCUACGGUGCUACGGGAGCAGGCAAGACUUAUACAAUGCUGGGGACUAUGGAGAAUCCAGGUGUGAUGGUUUUAGCGAUUAAAGAUUUGUUUGCUAAGGUUAGAGAGAGGAGCUUAGAUGGGAACCAUACUGUUCAUCUCUCUUAUCUUGAAGUCUAUAACGAAACCGUUAGAGAUUUGCUUUCUCCUGGUAGACCUCUCAUCCUCCGUGAAGAUAAACAGGGAAUUGUGGCAGCUGGUCUCACUCAAUAUAGAGCUUAUUCCACAGAUGAGGUUAUGGCUUUGCUCCAAAGGGGAAACCAAAACAGAACCACUGAGCCUACUCGUUGCAAUGAGACAUCUUCACGCUCACACGCCAUCCUUCAGGUUGUAGUGGAGUAUAAGACUAGAGAUGGUUCCAAGAAUAUCAUCAGCCGAGUUGGGAAGCUAUCCCUCAUUGAUCUCGCUGGAUCAGAAAGAGCGAUAGCUACUGAUCAAAGGACGCUUAGAUCUCUCGAAGGAGCCAACAUAAACAGAUCGCUUCUUGCGUUAAGCAGCUGCAUCAACGCGCUUGUGGAAGGGAAGAAACAUAUUCCUUACAGAAACUCAAAGCUGACGCAGCUGCUGAAAGACUCGCUAGGCGGUUUGUGUAACACGGUGAUGAUUGCUAACAUAAGUCCAAGCAAUCAUUCUUUCGGUGAGACGCAGAACACUCUCCAUUGGGCAGAUCGAGCCAAGGAGAUUCGUGUGAAGGGAUGUGAAGUGAAUGAAGAGGUGGUGGUUCAAGUGAGUGAAGGGCCUGAUCAGGCCAAGCUAGUGCUGGAGCUUCAGGAAGAGAACCGUGAGCUGCGUGUAAAGCUAGCGGAACAGCAGCAGAAGGUUUUGACUCUUGAAGCAGAGACCUUAGCAGCUGCUAACAACAACAUAUCUCCAACACCUCCAUCAAUCUCAUCUCUAAUGACUCCACCGUCUGCAUUAACAGCGCAACAGAAGAAGAAACCGAGGCACUCGUUGUUGUCAGGAACAUGCUUCACACCAGAAUCAUCCAAAAGGAGAAAAGCAGAAGAUGCAGUGAAGGAGCUUCAGCUGACUGUCAAGGCGUUGAAGAUGGAGAUGGAGAGAAUGAAGAGGGAACAUGUGGUGCAGAUGAAGAAGCAAAAGGAAGAGCUGAUGAAAGAACUGUGUAGUAAAAAGAGCGAGAAAACUCCAGAGAGAGGCAAAGAGACAACAACAACAAGGAGGAUUGUGACGAGAGGGAGCUUGAGACCAAAGGAGAGAGAGAAGGAGCUGAUAAAAAGUCCUAGUCACAGGUUUGCAUCUCCAGCUGCAGCAGCUAAAAAGAGAAGCUUCUGGGACAUAACGGUAGCUAAUAGUCCUUCGUUGGAUAGAAGGAAAACGAGAAGCCAUGUUCUUCCUGUUAAUCAAGAAGCUCCUUCGAUGCUGCUUCAGCCGGGGUUUGCUCGUCCAAGGACAACAACAACAACACACAUGAAGCAUUAACACACGAGUUUAAAAGACUGAUCAGAUUCAGAUGUUAUCAGUGUUUUUGUGUUUCUUGUCUGUUUCAUCCACUGUUUGCUUAGCAUCUGUAUUCUAUAGAAGCAUAAUGAC